GCCUCCAAUGGUCAACAUAGUUGCCGCAGGACGGAAUAGAAAUCAUGGCUUAGGUUGCUGCGCUUUUCGCUAGGCGUAUUAUAAAUUAAUGCUACAGUCAAAGCUAUGAAAUACCACGCCACUGCGCCAAGUACGAAAUAUCUUUAUGGCGACAGCUGAGAGGUAUGCGAGACUGCGGGGAAAUACCGAAAUGAGGGUCGCGCAGAGCCUGAACUGCCUUAUUAGGCUUUGAGAUUUGGGAGAUGCCGCUUUGCAUACAUGCAUAUAUCAGGCAGGCAGGGCAGGGUUGGCAUCGUAUGCACUCCUCGGAUAGGUAAGUCCCAUAUUAUCUAGAUGUAACCCUUCCCCGAGAUUUAUAUACCCUCUUGAAAUCCACGACUUCGAGAUGUUGGGUGAUUCCACAACCUUUUGGUAGGCAUUAUUACCCACAAUGCACUUGCGCGAGUCGCUGUUGGGGCUUUGCCUCGGCAUCAACCCGUUCGCCGCCGCCAGUAGUGCAUUGCUUUCAGAACCCGGCGAGGUUGCCAUCAUACCCUCGUGGGAUAUACAAUCGUCGGAACGAGUUGGCACGGAUCUCGCAGCAUUGUCCCGACCGGGCUUAGACACGAAAACAUGGCACGAGAUCGACAGUCCCCGCUGUACUCUCAUGGGCUGUCUAAUACAAGCUGGCGUAUAUCGGGAGAGCGGGCUGUUCUUCUCGGACGCGCUGAAGAGCUUCAAUUCUAGUCAAUUUAAAGUCCCUUGGAUAUAUCGGAAAGAAUUUACUCUUGACCCUAGCCCGGGCAAACACUAUUUCCAUCUACAGACUCACGGGAUUACCUCGAGCGCCGAUAUUUUCGUUAACGGCCAAGAGAUUGCAACCAAGAAAUUGCAGGCGGGGGCGUACGUCGGGAAUACCUACGAUAUUACCAAAAUAGCGAACAAGACGAACGCGCUUGUGAUUAAAGUCUAUCCGACCGAUUACAAUUAUGACUUUGGCCUAGGAUUUGUGGACUGGAACCCUUAUCCUCCGGAUAAUGGCACUGGUAUAUGGCGAAACGUGGAAAUCAAGCAGACGGGUCUCGUCACAUUGGAUCCCCUACGAGUAACGACACAAGCCAGCUUGCCAAUUGGUCAUUCUAGCGCACUCAUAAAUUUGAAGACGACCGCUACGAACUUGGAAGAUCGUGAAGUUACCGUUGAGUUAGCUGGUACUAUUUCCUUAGAAGGCGCCAACGAGAGCUAUGAACUGAACCAGACCAUCACACUCCCCGCAUUAGGAUCUGCGGAGGUGGCCUUGCAAACAGCAAUAAACGAGCCGGCGAUUUGGUGGCCAAAACAGUGGGGAAGCCAACCGCUGUAUAUAGGACAGCUAACUGCCUCCGUGGACGGAUCCAUCUCUGACAAGAUAGGGCGGACCUUUGGUAUUCGCCAAGUAACGGCGGAGCUCAACGCGGGCAACGACACGAUCUUCUUCGUUAACGGCUAUCCUUUUCAGGUCGUGGGCGCUGGCUAUUCUCCGGAUCUCUUCCUCCGCUGGGAUAGCGCCAAGUUUACAGCGCAAGCCAAGCUGAUGCUCGACUUGGGCCACAACACGGUCAGAUUGGAGGGCAAGAACGAGCAGCCGGAGCUGUACGAGAUUACGGAUCGCCUAGGCUUGAUGGUUCUGCCAGGCUGGGAAUGUUGCGAUAAGUGGGAGGCUUGGACGUACAACGACAAUUUGGCUGUCAAGUCGGACUGGACGGAAGCGGACUACUCGAUAGCGAACAAGAGCAUGUACCACGAGGCAAUCAUGCAGCAGAGCCAUCCGAGCGUAUUGGGAUAUCUAGUAGGAAGCGACUUUUGGCCGGACGACAAGGCAGCGGAAGCAUACUAUAAGUCGCUUAAAGCGGCGGAUUGGCAGACGCCUAUUAUUGCUUCGGCUUCGGAAAGGGGCUACCCCAAAAUCUUGGGGCCGUCAGGAUUGAAAAUGGCCGGCCCUUACGACUGGGUACCGCCAAAUUACUGGUAUGAUGUAGAGCCAUCGGAAGACCGUCUAGGAGCCGCUUUUGGCUUCGGGUCUGAACUGGGCAGCGGUGUUGGAACACCGGAAAUCAGCAGCCUCAAGAAGUUUCUUUCGGAAGCAGACCUGAACGACUUGUGGAAGAAACCUAAUAAGGGGCUGUAUCACAUGUCUACGAGCAUCUCAUCAUUCUACGACCGAAAGAUAUAUAACAAUGCUCUCUGGAAACGCUACGGGGCACCUACGUCGCUAGAAGAUUAUCUGUUGAAAGCCCAGAUGCAAGACUACGAGGCGACAAAGUCCCAGUUCGAGGGCUUUGCAUCUCUAUGGAGUGCUGACAGGCCAGCGACAGGAUUGAUCUACUGGAUGCUGAACAAUGCAUGGCCAAGUUUGCAUUGGAACCUGUUCGACUACUACCUGCACCCUGCCGGAUCGUACUUUGGAGCAAAGGCUGGGGCUAGGAUAGAGCACGUCGCAUAUGAUUACAACGGAAAGCUUGUGUACUUGAUCAACCGCUCCCUAGAUCGGAAGGGGUCAAGGACGGUGACGGUCGACAUCAUUGACAAGAACGGUAAAGCGAUUCAUAAUAGUCGGGAAAGUUUCGAUACCGUACCCAAUAACAGCGUAGAUAUCAUAGACCUCACUCAGGUUCUCAAGCCGGUCACGGAUAUUGUAUUUUUGCGGCUGGUUCUUUCGGAUGAUAAGAAUGUUACGCUUAGUCGGAAUGUCUACUGGCUGUCGAAGACCAUCGACACCUUGGACUGGGAGAACUCCGACUGGUUUUACACACCCGUGACCAAAUAUGCCAAUUACACAGCCCUGAACAGCUUGCGGCCUGCCGAAGUUACCGUCAAGACCACAGCGACAUCAAAGCGGGACUCGGAAGCGAAAGCGGCUGAGGUGGUGCUCGAGAAUCACUCUUCUGUUCCUGCUUUUUUCAUUAGGUUGAACCUUGUUAAGGAAGACGGGGAGGACGUUUUGCCGGUGAUCUGGUCUGAUAACUAUGUCACGCUAUGGCCUUACGAGAAACUUGAGCUUCAGGUCCAAGGCGAGGGCGCUGCUUAUGUACAGGUUACCGGGAAGAACAUCCGGAAGGCUCAGAUAUUUUUACAUUAGGUACCUCCUAAGCUGGGAUGAUUUUGGAAUACCUAGUGAGAAUAAUGAAUUAUUUUAUUGCUGAGUUUUAAUACACUUGGUUGGUGUUGGUAAGAUCGAUAAAAUCAUAAGCAGAAAAAAAAAAAAAAAAAA